AUGGUCUAUGAGGAAAAUGAGGAUGUUCAGAUUCAUCCCAGCCGAUCAGAAGUAACUACAUUUGUCACUGCCGACCUGAUAGAUGAGAAGAAGCCAGAGCUGGUCGCUUGCCUUAAACAAAACUAUGAUGUGUUCGCCUGGUCAACACAUGAGCUCCUGGUCCAAAAUGCUGAGCCAGAUGUGACUUGGAAGAUUUUUGUAAAUGGUUCAUCCACCCUGCAAGGAAGCAGGAUCAGAAUCCUCUUGAUAUUGCCUAGGGAGGACAGGAUGCAAUUGUCCGUACGGAUAGAUUAUCGAGCUACAAAUAACGAAGCUGAAUAUAAGGUCCUGAUAGCUGGCCUGCAGGCAGCUCGGCAUGUGGGAGCGACAAGAGUCCUCAUCUACUCGGAUUCUCAACUGGCGGCGCAGCAAUUGUUAAGCACCUUCGAGAAAAGUAAUGCCCUGCUCAAACUAUACGCCGAAGUUUUUGAAAAGUUGAAGGCUGAUUUUCAAGAAAUGAUUAUUCAGAAGAUCCCUUGA